AUGACUUACCAUGCUAGUAUCAACUACUUUGACUACCACAGUAAAAAUAGCAGAGCUGGACCAGAUCUAACAAUAAUGCAGCCACUUGGAGUGGAAGAGGAUCCCAGCACUGACUUUUCUCCUUGGAGCCACCUCUUUAAGGUGGUUCAUUGUCACAACAUUGAUGUGGCUGCUCGGAUGGAGUUUGGCCAAGAUGGCAAUGUCUCGCUGCUAGUUGGGUUCAUCAGUGUAAAUAGUUCUCAGUGGACAGACUACAGUGCAUACAGCUACUUUCAGAUUGUCACCAUGUGUGACUUGGUUAUGAUUUUGUUCUUCUACAUUGUCCACAUAUUCAGAAUCUACAAGCUGCUCACUUGCAUUAGCUGGCCACUUGCGGAGUUUCUUCAUUAUUUAAUCGGUACAGUUCUGCUUCUCAUUGCAUCGAUUGUAGCAGCAUCUAAGAGUUACAAUUUGACAGAUCUAUUGCUCGUCAUUAUUUUUGGAUUCCUAGCUACAGUCCUUUGUGUUUUAAGCAUAUGGUCAUCCUACAAGGUUUCAUGCAUCACUCAAUCAACAGAUGAAUUUGUUUGUGGCAAACCAAGUGACACUGGCUUCCUCUUCAAAGAUGCAGCUGUAUGACUCUUCAUCUCAGCAAGACGGCUGUGCCUUACUAAAUAGGAUACCAAAGAUGAGACUCCACCACGGAGGGGAGAGCGUGGGUAUUUUGUUAUAGCCUGGACAACUGGUAGCUUUUGAAGAUCUACUUGAAUGCCUAUAUAAAACAAUGUUGGCAACCAAAGGUUUUUUGCAUCCUCCCCUUGCCCCUUGAAAGUUUAUAAUGGAGAGCCUGCUUUUUCUGAGCUUUAUCGAGAAGGACUACUUCUGUCUCACAAGUUGGGCUGGGGUCAUAUUCAGCUAUUUGCAGUAAGUACGUUUAAAACUCAUUUGGAGAGCUGUUCAGUUCUCCUUCCAGAGGGAUGGAAAAAUUACGUCUGAUUUCCUCCAUCUGUUUACAGAAGGGAAAUCCUGCAAAUUCCUACCUGAUUCUUAACUUCCAAGGAUGAUUCCUUUAACAAAGGAACUGUUACAAACUGAUUUGUGCCUGGAAAGUUAACCCAAGUCUUUGUUACCUCUUCCUAUCACAGCCGUGGAUUAUUUUUAACAUCAGCUCAGCCAGCAUCAAAAAUUAUGAACUGCAGGUUGGAUAAAUCACUGGAAAUGCUCCCUCCUAGCCCCAACAGUACAGUAGGAUUUAUACAUGAUGAAAGCAGUUUUUUCUUCAUGAAUUUUUAUCAUUUAUUAACAAUCAAAGAUUAUUCUUAAACACUUCCCUCUGCCAAAUACAGGAAAAUACGUACCCAAGAAUAUUUGUGUAAUGGUUUGUGGGCUCUUUUUCUUUCCUUUUCACAACUCUUCAUUUGUAAAGUGGACAUUUGUAAGACCUGUUCUGUAGGAAAUUUCUGUGCAUUCCUAGAAAUUAUUCUCUUUGGAGUCUGACGGUGCUUACAGAGAGUCCCCUGUGAGCAGAACAGUGUGCUUCUUUCUCUGUCUUACAUGAAGAAGACUUCUGUCUCUGCUGGGAUCCAUAUUUUCAGAGACUCUACUUUGGGAUUCCAGGGCCUGAACAGGCAGAACAGAUCAGUUUAAUCCAACCAGAUAUUGUUGUGAUAUUCCUCUGCUGUUUCUAUGUCACUUUGAGGCUGAGACAAUUCUGCUAACUUCUUAGCAGCUGCCUCUCUGUCCUUUUGCAAUCCAUUUCUGGUGAGCUGGAAACUCUUUGCAGGAAAAAAGGGAAGCGCAGGCCCCUCCGCCUUAGUGCAGUUCCCUUUCGUAUCUAGCUGUGAAGUAGAACUUUUCGUUCUAAGUCAGUCUGUUCUGUCAGGCCACGACAGUGCAGCAGGUUUCUGCAAAAAAUAGGAUUUAUACAGGGUACCAGGUCCACUGUGGAGGUAAGCAGCAUUUUCUGGCCUGUUGUGCAUUUUUCUAUUUGUCUGAAACUCUGCAUAAAUACUGCUCAACAAUUUAAUGAUCCUCUUGUAGAAAACUCCUCUUUUGGGGCCUCACAGCAGGUGCCUCAUACAUUGCCAUUUGUUGCCACCAUAUAUUUUUUUGUCUCUCAUCCUAAUAUAUGCAUCUUGACUUU